AUGGCACAUGGCCCAAAUGUUCCCAAUCAACAAUACAAAAACCUAGUUGAAGAGAUUUACAUCGUUCAAGAAUUGCUGGACCUGGCAAUCACAGAUCCAGAUGAUACCCGCACAAUAGUUGGAGAUAUAAAAGAGCUAUUUACAAUAGAAGCAGAAAUCCUAGACAUGCAAGACUCGGGUGAUUGGCGAGGCGAUGAUCCAGAAGAGAUAAUGUCAAAUGCGCAAAUUCUGAGGACACAACUUCCCGGCCAUCUGCGUAUGAUUGCUGACAGUCUUGAUCCAGAUAUUGCUCCAGAUUUUGACUUCCCCGAUCCCGGAACACGUGAGUGGUAUGGAAUCUUGCUUUAUGUGACACUGUUAGAUGAAUUUUCUCGACCAGUUGAAUUCCCACCUAAUCCGACAAUAGACGCCAGCCCUGCGCAAGACUCUGGUUCCACGGACAACGCUCAGCCCGAAGAUAACGGACCAGAAUGUGAAAUUUGCGCCGAAAAGUACGAAGAUGGCGAUAGAGAUGUUAGCUUCCCUUGUCACUCCGCUCAUCGAAUGUGUUUCAGUUGCCUCAUGAAUUUAGUUAGCUUAUCCCUUUCUACAUCUUGUCCAUAUUGCCGUCAAAUUCCUUUUGCAGAGACUCAGAGUUGA